AGAUUAGUCUUAAAAUAGGUUUUCAAAUGCUCAGACCUGUAGCUACAUACUUAUUUACAUAUACAUAAGUUUAUAUAAAUUACAAAAAAAAAAAAACAAUGUCACCGAAAGCCACUUUGUGCUCUGUUGACAUAUUUUUACUCGUCUUGCUAGCGAUAAAUGCAAUUCACUCGGUGGCAAGCUCUGAAGAAUCUAAAAAUUCGAUCAACACUCCACCAGAUAUUGCCCGUUAUGAUAAUUACCGUGUUUAUCAUGUGGAAUUAGGCACGGCACAACAUGUUGACCUCUUUCAGGAGCUCGAGGAGAAAAGUGACAGCUGCACAUUCUACGGACACGCGAGGCAUCCCCAACAGAAAUUGACCAUUAUGGUGGCAGCGCAUAAGGUGGCGGAUUUCGCCGAUUUACUACGAACCUACAAUGUUACGCACGAAGUGCUGAGCUACAACUUUCAAGAAAUCAUCGACCGUAAUCUUCAAGAGGUGCGCCCGAAGGAUAUCGAACCCAAAGCGAUGGACUGGAAGCAUUAUUUUCAACUCGAUACCAUCUACGCUUGGAUGGAAUUAUUAGCGCAGCAAAAUCCACAAGAUAUUACGCUUCUAAAUAUGGGCGAAAGUGCGCAGGGUUUACCGAUUAAGGGAGUGCAGUUGAGAAGGAAUAAAAAUGAAACAGCCACAACCAUAUUCAUAGAGAGUGGCAUACAUGCACGCGAGUGGAUAGCGCCGGCCACAGCGAAUUACAUAAUAAAUAUGUUGCUAACAACAAAUGAACCGGAAAUAGUGAAAUACGCCAAUGAGUAUAAUUGGAUCGUGUUCCCCGUGAUGAAUCCGGAUGGUUAUACGUACACAUUCAACGGCGAUCGUAUGUGGCGUAAGAAUCGUGAACUCUUUGGCAUUUGCCGCGGUGUGGAUUUGAAUAGAAAUUAUCCAUUUCAUUGGAACACCACCGGCACGAGCGGUGAUCCCUGUCGUUAUGAUUAUGCCGGUCCAGCAGCUGGUAGUGAAGUGGAAACUAAACGUCUGAUACAAUUUCUACGCGAUAACGUCGCUAUUAAUAAUACAAUAAAAACAUUCAUUUCACUACAUUCCUACUCACAAAUGAUUAUGUUUCCCUAUGGACAUACAGCAGUACGCGUGGAUAAUUACAAUGAUCUCACGGAGAUCGGUAGAAAGGCGAGUGAGAAAAUUAAACAAUUAACGGGACGCAUUUACAAGAGUGGCAGCAUUUAUGAGACCAUAUAUCCUUCAAGUGGCGGUUCAAAGGAUUGGGCACAUGGUGUGCUGAGUAUACCAAUCACGUACUCAUUCGAGCUACGUGGACCACCGGAUAGCAAGGAGUUAUUUAUACUGCCGGCUGAGGAAAUUGAGCCAACAGCAGAGGAGGCGUUCGCUGCUAUUUUAACGAUAGUCGAAGAAUCCAAUUUGAGAGGAUAUUAUAAUUGAAAUUAUUACAAAAAA